GCCGCCGAUGAACUGGUGACGCACAGCGCUCACUAUGACUGCAGCUUCGCCCUUGUAGAGCUGGAGGACAGUCCUCUUGCACCUAUUCAGCCGCUGGGGUGCAGCAGAGCAGGCCAUCCACCCUUCGGCAUUCCGCCACUUCAUCUGCAGAUGAUCCGGGCAGAGCCGUUGUCGGUGACCUUCGAGCAAAGCGGCGAAGAGGGCUCCAGCCCCUCAGAGGGCCGCAGCCUCUCGCCGGAGCCGAGCCCAG